AUGUCGUGUUCAAUGAGAUUCGAGAUCGGCUGGACAGGCAUGAGGAUCGACUCAAACAACUUUAGCAAGAGCCAUUACCUAGGCAUCGGAGACCCGACCAGAGGCCACAUUUUGCUCCAAAUGUCCCAGAUGAUGACUAUGAUGAUGGGGCGAGCAUCGAAGUGGUCUCCAAUGCUACUUGGAGAAGGGCUAGGGCUAUCAGACCCUGAUGUUUAUAUUGAAUGGGAAAGGGAAGUUGAGCUGGUAUUCGAUUGCCACAAUUACUCGGAGGAGAAGAAAGUGAAGCUUGUUGUGGUGGCUUUCACCGACUAUGCCAUUGUAUGGUGGGAUCAGCUGACCCUGAGUAGACGUCGGAACCGUGAGCUUCCCAUCAACAAUUGGGAGGACAUGAAAGUCGUUAUGAGAAGAAGGUUUGUUCCAUCUCACUAUUAUCGGGACUUACAUUUGAAAUUGCAAAGUCUGAAGCAGGGGUCCAUGACUGUGGAAGACUACCACAAGGAGAUGGAGAUAGCCUUGAUUCGGGCUAACAUUGAGGGGGACCGAGAGGCGACCAUGGCUCGGUUCAUUUUACCCUAUGGGUGUUACAUCAUUUGUGGCCUGAACCGUAAGAUUGCCAAUAUUGUUGAGCUACAUCACUAUGUGGAGCUUGACGAUGUGGUGCACAUGGCAAUAAAAGUUGAAAGACAACUCAAGAAAGGAGUGCGAUCAUCUUCCAAGUAUGAGGCUGCGAGUUCAUCUCCUUGGAAGCAGAAGUGGGGAUCAUCAAAACCAAUUGAGAAAGCAAUUUCAAAAUCAAAGGGUGAAACAAAUGUGGCCAGGACCCAAUCUAGCAACAAGGAUAAGGGUAAUUCAUCUUCCCAACCUCAAAGAAAUCGUGACAUCAAAUGUUUUCGUUGUUUAGGAUCCGGUCAUAUUGCUUCUCAAUGCCCGAACAAGCGAACAAUGAUCAUGUUGGAUAAUGGGGAAAUCGAAACUGAAGAGGAAGAUGAAGGAAAUGAGUCCACUCCAUCAGUUGAAGAUACUAGUGAUGUUGAGCUUGCUGUUGAUGGCCGAGCUCUUGUUGUGCUAAGAGCUCUUCAUAUGCAAGCCAAAGGGAAUGAUGACAGGCUGCAAAGGGAGAACAUCUUCUACACCCUCUGCCAUGUGAAAGAUCGGGUAUGCGGUUUGAUUAUUGAUGGUGGCAGCUGUGUUAAUGUAGCAAGCAAGUUAAUGGUGGACAAGCUUGGCCUACCUACCUUAAAGCAUCCAAAGUCGUAUAGACUCCAAUGGCUCAAUAAUAGUGGUGAGAUGAAGGUAACCAAGCAGGUCCUUGUUUCAUUUACGAUUGGAAGGUACACGGAUGAGGUUUUGUGUGAUGUUGUACCCAUGCAAGCUAGCCAUUUGCUUCUUGGAAGGCCAUGGCAAUUUGAUAGACGGACCACACAUGAUGGGUACAAGAACCAUUACAGCUUCAGCAAGGAUGGUAGGAACAUUACACUUACACCUUUGACACCUCGUCAAGUAUUUGAGGAACAACUCCAGAUCAAAAGGAUUUCAAGGAUGUCUUUUCCGAGGAUAUGCCACUUGGGUUACCACCAAAAAGAGGAAUCGAGUAUCAGAUUGAUUUCAUUCCGGGAGCUUCCAUUCCAAACCGAACCAGUUUAUCGAAGUAGUGCAGAAGAGACCAAAGAGCUUCAAAGGCAAGUUGAAGAACUUUUGACCAAAGGACAUGUUCGUGAAAGCAUGAGUCCCUAUGUUGUGCCUGUGCUGCUGGUUCCAAAGAAAGACCGGACUUGGAGGAUGUGCGUGAAUUGUCGAGCUGUAAACAAGAUAACGAUUGAUUUGAAGAGUGGGUAUCAUCAAAUUCGAAUUAAGGAAGGGGAUGAGUGGAAAAUAACUUUUAAGACAAAACAGGGGUUGUAUGAAUGCAAGAGUUUGCAUGACCAUAUUGAUCAUUUGAAAUGUGUGCUUGAAGCUUUGAGGCAUGAAAAAUUGUUUGCCAAGCUAAAGAAAUGCAGCUUUUGUGUAGAUAGGGUUGUUUUUCUUGGAUUUGUUGUCAGUUCCAGAGGUGUGGAAGUUGAUGAGGAGAAGGUGAAAGCUAUCAAGGAAUGGCCUACCCCUAGCAUCAUCACUGAAGCACAAGAGAAAGCCUUCAACACAUUAAAAGAAAAGCUAAGCUCUGCUCCUUUACUACUUCUACCAGAUUUUUCUAAGGCUUUUGAAAUCGAAUAUGAUGCUUCUGGUAUUGGUAUAGGUGUUGUUCUUAUGCAAGAAAAUAGGUCAAUUACCUACUUCAGUGAGAAGCUCAAUGGUGCAACGUUGAACUACUCAACAUAUGACAAGGAGCUCUAUGCAUUGGUGCGAGCUUUGGAGACAUGGCAACAUUACUUGUGGUCCAAGGAGUUCAUCAUUCACACGGACCAUGAGUCGCUGAAGCAUUUGAAAGGCCAAGGUAAAUUGAGUCGUAGACAUGCUCGUUGGAUUGAAUUCAUUGAAAUGUUUCCUUAUGUGAUCCAAUACAAGCAAGGAAAAGAGAAUGUGGUAGCAGAUGAUUUGUCACGCAGGUACACCCUUAUCUCUACCUUAGGGUCAAAGUUUCUUGGAUUUGAGCACCUGAAGGAAUUGUAUGUGAAUGAUGCUGACUUUGCUGAUAUCUUUAAAGCAUGCGAAAAGGGUGCAUUUGAUAAGUUCUAUAUGCAUGAUGGUUACUUGUUUCGAGAAAAUAGACUUUGCAUUCCCCAAAGUUCUAUGCGUGAGUUGCUUGUUAAGGAGUCACAUGGGGAUGGAUUAAUGGGGCAUUUUGGAGCUGUGAAAACCUUGGACAUUUUGAAAGAGCAUUUCUUCUGGCCUCAUAUGAAAAGAGAUGUUGAAAGGAUUUGCAUUAGGUGCAUUGCAUGUAAGAAAGCCAAGUCUAAGGGAGAUGGUCGUUUGCAUGGGGUCCCUAGAACAACUGUUAGUGAUCGGGAUGCGAAGUUCCUCAGCCAUUUUUGGCGAGUCUUGUGGGGAAAACUUGGGGCAAAGUUGUUAUUCUCUACCACUUGUCACCCACAGACUGAUGGGCAACCCGAGGUCGUUAAUCGAACCUUGGGAAAUUUGUUGCGUUCUACCAUUGGGAAGAAUUUAAAAGCUUGGGAAGAUUGCAUACGAUUCAUUGAAUUUGUAUACAAUAGGGUUACACAUUCUUCUACUAAGUAUUCACCUUUUGAGAUUGUCUAUGGCUUUAAUCCAUUAACUCCAUUGGAUUUAAUCCCAUUACCUAUGGAUGAGAUUGCUAGCCUUGAAGGUCAAGCGAAGGCUGAUUUGGUGAAAAGGAUCCAUGACAAGGCAAGGCAACACAUGCUGAGGAGGAAUGAGCAGAUUUCAACCCGUGCCAACAAGGGACAAAAGCCGAUUACUUUUCAACCUGGAGAUUGGGUCUGGGUUCAUUUUCGAAAGGAGCGAUUUCCGAAACGAAGGCAAUCCAAGCUGAACCCACGUGAUGAUGGACCAUUUCAAGUUCUGGAGAAAAUCAACGACAAUGCAUACAAGUUGGAUCUUCCAGGUGAGUACCAAAUUCGAGGACGAAUCCUUUUGAGGAAGGGGGAGGGGGAUGAUACAACUCCAUAUCAGCUCCAAGCCAAUGAGACAGGACUGCAAGUCGAGAUGUACGUCCCGAAUCAAGAGGAGCAUGAAAGGGACUUGCACGUGCCAGCUGAGCCGAUAACGAAAGCAGAGGUCAAGCAAGUUCAAUGUGUUGUACAAGCAUUGACAUCUCGUAUCUUGGAAGGGCAGGCUAUGGAGUCACAGUCGAUGCAUCACAGUCGAUGCCAUGCCGAAUGA